UCUGUACCGUACUUUGAGUUCCCCGCUCGUGUGGUACCAAGCUCCUGCUUCUGGUUAAAUUACACCUCUGGUAAGGCUAGUCAGUAGCCCCCAGUGCCCUCUUAUACUCAAGCCUAGUGCCAAGCGCUCUUGAGGUCAAGAUUCUUCCGUCUUUUGUCUUCCCUCCCGCGCGUAGCUGUGAUCUAAACACUAGAGAAGAUCCCUCAAGCUGGGCCUUGUUAAUAAUAUCAACCAGGACUAAGCACUUCUACCUUCUACCUGAUGCUGAUUCAUCUAAAUCCAUCUUCCUCGCAUCGAGAUAACACUUUUCUCGUUGCCACUGUUGGCUGCGAGCAUCACGGUCACAAAUGCUACAUAGAUAGAAGUUGGAAGAUUCCGGCAUCCACAAAUCGUUCACUGGUACUAUGUAAUAUCGAACCAUCGACCUAGUCAUGUGUAUCAUUCAUCCUCAUUCACAAUCUCAAGAAAGCAAUUGGGCUUCCCUUGCUCCAAGUUCCCUAUAUUCCCUCCUUGAGACGCAACCUUGUCUGGGUGUGCACAAAAUGGCAUACGCCCUUACCGCCGCCGCCGCCACUAUUUUUGCUCUCCCAAUUCUCCUCCUUCUUCACUCACUCUGGAAACCUUCUCGACUGUAUCCUCUUCCUCCAGGUCCGAAGAAGCUUCCGAUAGUCGAGAACAUGUUUGAUAUACCGACUGGAGCAUGUAUCUGGCUAAAGUAUGCUGAGAUGUGCCAGAAAUAUAAGUCGGACAUCAUCCAUCUGAGCGCGCUCGGGAACUCGAUCGUUGUAUUGAAUUCUGCAAAGAUGGUUAGCGAUCUAUUAGACAAUCGAGGUUCAAUAUACUCAAGUAGACCUCCUGCAAUAAUGCUGGGAGAGCUUAUGGGGUGGGGGACCUCGGCUGUCUUCAGGCCCAAUGAUGAUUUGUGGAAGGCACAGAGGAAGAUUCUAAAUCAAGCUCUCCCCCCUACUGAUCCACAGAAAUUCCACCAAAAGGAACUGAGUGCAACGCAUGAUCUGAUUCGCGUUCUUCCGUAUACAGAUAAUGUUAUGCAAAGUUUACAAACAUGGGCUGCGGCGUUCAUCAUGGAUAUCACAUAUGGUCUCAAAGACGAGGAAGCAGAACCAUAUCUCCCCAUGGGCAUGGCAGCAGUCAAAUCAAUGGGCAUCGGGGGAACGCCUGGUGCAUUCUAUGUUGAUCAAAUUCCUAUAUUAAAAUAUAUCCCCGAAUGGUUCCCCGGAGCAGACUUUCAGCGUAAAGCAAGAGAGUGGUCCGACUUGCGUAUGAACAUGACUGAAAGUAUUUUCAACGUCACCAAAGAGAAAGUGGCAAUGGGAAUCGCCGCGCCGUCCCUGACCUCGUUUGCCCUUGAGGAGAUGGAUCACAAGCAGGAUUUGGCGAGCCAGGAAGAUUUGAUCAAAAUAACUGCAAUCACGGCUUUUUCAGGUGGCGCAGAUACUCCUGUCUCCGUAUUAGGAGAGUUCAUCCUGGCGAUGCUCAGGAACCCGGAAGUUCAAGCCAAAGCUCAUAGUGAGCUUGAGCGAGUUCUUGGACCAGGAAAUCUACCGAGCCUCAACGAUGUGGGAUCGCUCCCGUAUAUCACGGCAGUUGUUCGAGAGACGCUGCGGUACAGUCCUGUCACUCCGCUCGCAUUUCCGCAUGAACUCAUCGAAGAUGACAUAUAUGCGGGAUAUCUCCUUCCCAAGGGGUCUAUCGUUUUGGCGAAUGUUUGGUCCAUUCUCCAUAAUGAAGAGGACUAUCCCGAACCGCACUUAUUCAACCCUUCACGGUUCCUCGAUUCCAAUGGGCAAAUUGACCCCGCAAUCAAAGAUCCAGCUACGCCAGUUUUUGGGUUCGGAAGACGUGUCUGCCCUGGAAAACACAUUGCCCUUGAUCUGUUGUGGAUUGCUAUUGCUUCGAUCCUAACUUCAUUCUCAAUUGAGCCAGGAUCCGACUACGAGGAUGAGACCUUCGUCAAGCCUAACUUAAAAUCCAAGUCGUCUGAGUCUGGACCGACGACCAUGCUAAGCCACCCACGUCCGUUCAAGUGCCGCUUUAUUCCUCGUUCAAAGGAGAAGUAUCUCUAGGUCUUGGUAGUAAUUACCCUGUAAGUACGACGUCAAUCCUAGGUUAACCUACAAGCUAGUUUGAGGUUUGGAUGUUUUCUUGAAUGCUUGUCGAUGUCUAGUAAUGGUCACGGUCCCGCAUCCCUAGUCCCUAAGAAUAGUUGACAAUAUAGAUUAUCCUUUCCAGCAAUCAUGCCUCUCUGGAGCGGAUUUACGACUGUCAGAACAACUUUACCAACC